CUGUUGUGUGAAUAUGGUGAAUAAAACACUGUAUAGGUGGAUUUUUCGACUGAGUCCUAUGCUAGCUGUUUCCCCCUUGUUUCCAGACGUCAUGCUUAGCUAAACUAGCAUAAUGUGCUGACUCAUGCUUCAGUGGUAUCAAACUUUGUAUCUAAGUCUCAGUAGGACAGUUUAUGUCCAUAUUAGUCAAAAUGUGUUGUUCCUAUGUUGUGUUUUCUCAGAGUUUUAAUCCCUUUUUAAGGUCUGUGACAGUUACUCGGUUGUUUAUGUGUGCUACUUUGAGGCUUUGAGCCUGUGUGACACACAAACCAAAAGUGUGUCUGUCCUCUAAUCUGUAGAGUAACUCUGGAUUUCAAAGGCUCCAUUCACCCAGAUUACUCAACAGAUUGUUGUGGCACAUUUACCACACGCUCUGUUUAAGUCUGUUGGUGUUUUGGCAGUGCUUUGUGAUCACAAGGCCUGACCUGACCACCCCCAGAGACCCAGCUGGAUACUGUCAGAGUUGUAAUAGCACCGCUGUCCUUGUAGGUCCACCCACCGCGUGUAUACAAAACAGAGCCGUGCUUUCUUUUUGUAGUGGUGGAGAACAGAUACAGUGACCUGCAGGCCCCCGUGAGAGGCCUGAUAAUUAAUGUUGUGGUCAUGGUGUUGAUGAUGUGGAAUCUGGCUCUCGAUAAAGGAUGGAUGAAGAGGAUCAGCGAGACAGGGAGAGUGUACCCUUGUCGAGCAUAAACAGUACAACAGAAGUGUUGAUGUUCCAGGAGGUGUGGGGUCGCAGCUUCUGCCGGACCAUAGAGAAGCUGGUGGAGGUGGUGCAGGAGUACCCGUCAGAGGUGGAGCACAUCUACAGCCCCUCCUGUGUGCCGCUGGUGAGGUGUGCGGGUUGCUGUGGAGACGAAAACCUAGAGUGCCAUCCCACUCAAACAACAAAUGUCACCAUGCAGCUGUUGAAAAUCAGGCCAUCAGAGCCGGGCCAGGAAUAUGUAGAGAUGACGUUUGUGGUGCAUCGGACAUGUGAAUGUAGAAUCAAGAAGCCUAUUGUUAAAGUUGAAAGGAGAAGGCAAAGAGGAAGAGGAAGGAAGAGAAAGGAGAGGCAAAAAACAAAAGAAUGUGACAGGUGCCAGAUCCCCCGCAGGUAACUGUUGUGGCAAACCAAACCUCCUGUUGCAGUGUGGCUCAUAAUUUAUUUCCAACCCAGUGGCAGCAUCCAGAGUGUCCUCCGCUCAUUCACUAACACUGUGUCUGCAGCCAGAGACUCAAACUGCUGGGUUGUGUUGCCGACACGCCCUCCUGCUGACGGGCAGAGCAUUAAUAAUGAUAAGCUUCAACAGGAAGUUUGUUUUGACCGGUGGAAACACUGCUGUUACACAACUGACGCAAUGGACACGCCUGGGAGCCAGUGCAAUGUAGAACCCAACAGACCAACGACUUCUCUCUUAUAUCACUACAGUGUCAGUUAUUGUAAUGUGGACAUUUCUUUGGUAUUUAAAGGUGGUAACAGAUGUUAAGAGCCUAUAUUUAUUAAUACAGAGAAAGCAUUGUCAAAAUUUUGUUCAAACAAUAUCCAAGAAGCCUUGACUCAUCAUAGCAGAGAAUGUUGCAGCUGUUUCCUGCAAGCAAUAAUGAAAUGUCUCCCUCUUGUGUUAUUGAAAUAGUGUUCCAAACUGCUCCACGGGAAAUGAUUCCUUUGCUUUUUCAAUCAUAUAAAUAAGAUUAGAUUUAGGACAGAGGUUUGAGUCACAUAAUCCGCCUUUGGCUGAUAUGGACAGUCAAACCUCUUUUCAAAGAAAAAUAUGACCAGACAUGAGUUUGAUGAUAAUUCAGACCUAAAGAAGAAUACCAUUUAUCAGAUAUUUUUAACAUCUCAAGGCAUGACCAAAGAUAUUUUUGUAUAAAUAACUAAAUGUGAUUUAUGAAGUGUUCUCUGGGAUCGAUCCCUCUUUCUCUGUUGUUAUGAAGGGUUGGGAUACACUGUUCAUUAUACAUGUUCAAUAUUAAUAGAGGGUCUAAUCAUUGCUGAAUCCUUUCAAAAUGUAAAAGGCAGAUUUGCCUAGUGAGUGGCUUUAUCUCUGAAUACUGUAUCCAGGUCUGAGAGGAAAAAAAGCUUUUCAGUUACACAGACACAUCCGUUUGUCUGAAGCACACCAGGAAGUGGGUAAGCCCAGUAGGAAUUGCAAGAUCAAUACCACAUCAAUACAAUGAAGCAGUGUUCAUUUGGUAUUGAUCCCAAUUAAAGAGUAUCAAUUAUUAGUUAGUUUUCAUCUUCUAAUGUGGUUAUAAAGUUUUCACAGACAUAAAAACAUUUCUGUGCUUUGGGCUAAAGUAGCGCUCAUUUUUGUCCGACCCAGUGACACAAACCUCCCAUAAGCCCUCACCACAGGUGUCUUCUUCUGUCUUUUAAAAAAAAAAAAAAAAACACUGCAGUGGAAGAAGUUUUGUAAAGUGGUGAUUUUUGUUUUUUGUCUGUUUGUUUUUCAUGUGCUUCAAAAAAGAAAAUCUAUGAAAAUGUAAUAAGUGACUUUUCUAUUGUGUUAGUAUUUUUUUUU